UCUAAAUCAUGCGCAGAAGUAAUUUUUUUAUCAGUAUAAGUACAUGUUAUGGUUGUUCCAGAAUUACCAAGCCACUGGACCUAUGCUGAGAAAAUGUAAAAAAUCGAGCCUUCGACGGACUUUCAAGAAUUCUACUGGAGAAUACUGCUUUAAGACGAAACAAUGGACUGCCACCAUCGCAUUGAAGUGCCCCUACGGGCCGGAAAGAAAAUGAAGAAACGUCGGGAGUUGGACGCUCUGAUAACCUCCCAGUCGUCCUCAUCCAAGAGAGCCAACCGGAGAGUCCCCGGAGCCACCAACUCCCAGGACAAGCUGCUCUCGGUCUCGACCGACGACCCUGAGGAUUACGCAUGGACAAAUGUCGCUGGAUCGAGAUCUAGUCGUCGUAGUCAUCGGAAAAUUGCCUUUUUCCGCAUGUGUGGCCCCCUUUUAUUGGGAAUUAUUGGCAUUUUAAUUGUGGCCAUCUUGUACUGGCUGUACUUCGAUCUACGCCAACAACUUACAGAUUAUCGUCAAAAAAUCGAGGAAGUAUCUGCCAUGAGCAAAAACUUUCCGGACACCCUGCAAAGAUGGCAUGAGACUUCGUCUUACUUGCUGAAGAACCAGACAGCCGUAGUUACGGAAAUAAAUGAACUGCAAAAAACUAUGGAGAGUCUGCGGAAUAACUUUAGUAAUUUGGAGGUAGCAGUGGCUGCCCAAAGAAACCACGGCAAGGACGAGAAAUUGGUGGCCGACUUUGGUGCCAAGAUAGAAGCUGUGGCCACAGAUAUAGAGGCAAUCAAGGAGCACUAUAACAAGUACACCGAGGUUCAGAAAACUCUACAGGCGGACACAGAAGCUUUAAAGGUCAAUUUAUCGCAAUUGCCAACGCUUCAGGCCAACGCUUUGCCCGCAAAUCUAUCGGAAGAUAUUGCUGCCCUCAAUAAAACCACUCUUAAUGCCUUUAAAUUGAUAGCCAACGACCUAAAGGAUGUGAACAAUACCCUAAGUCAAACAACGAAAAUGCUCAGCGAGGAAAUAUCUCUACACAAAACUAAAAUAGACGACUUGCUGGAUCGAUCGGAAAACAUUACGUCCCAUGUGGCCACCAUAAGUAACAGUUGGCCGGAAUACAAGCAGAAAGUGUCAAGCUUUGGAGAGUCUUUAGAAAAAAUUGAAAAAGAGAUAACGCUAACAACCAGUAAGAAUAGCAUGCUUGUUGCCUCUAUGGAUCAGCUAAAGAGCUUCUGCAUUCAAAGCAUAGGUACUAAAAAGCCUUCCAUUAAUGAAGACAGCUCAGUAGGCACCAAGCCUGAAGUUAAUGCCACCAAGCAGGAAUUUAUAAAGCCGUCUGUAAAUGCCACAGUGAAGCUACAAGAUUCAAUGAAGCUGUAAGAUGUUUCAUUUUUAGUACAGACCGUUGUAAUACCAAAUCUGUUCGAUUCCGUGUUUAGCCAUUAAGACCUCAUGGGUUCCAUGUGUCAAAGUCACAGCCAACGAUAACUAAAUCACAUUAAACACACGAAAGCUGCAAUGUACAUAUGGUUCAAAGAGCUAUUUAACUUAAUGACAAAUUAUAGGAUGACGAUGUGCACGUGUGAUUUCAAUUAAGUUUACUUUUAAAGUCCGUUCUAGAAAAAGUAACUGUACAUAAGGGAGUGAAGUUAAAUGUAAGUUCAAUAUUAUUCACUUUAGAUACACGAUAUGUAUUUUGUUUCCAUAUAAUAAAAUUAAACUAAAGCUCACAAAGUAA